AUGGUUGAAAGUAACCUCAAACACUCUAGACCGCAGCUUGAGAGGACAGCUACAGAGAAGCUCACCAACUUCAUCGAUCUCCUUUUCUUCAAGGACCCUCUUGGUUCGUUUGAUGUCAGCACUUUGGAAAACGAAACGGGCUUUGUCCCGUGCUCAGAUCACUGGAGUCUCUGGGGGCCUCCAUCGCCCAGCUGCCUCACCGUUAAGGGCAAGGCAGUAAAUGAGAUUCAGCAUAGCCCCUUGGAACCGUCACAAGGCCACGGAGUCAUUUCAAAAGCAGCCUCUGCAAGCAAGUAUAGUAGUAUCAAAUUGAAAUUGGCUCAUGAGACCAAGUUCAAAUGCCGCUAUCUUGGUUGUCACAAGAUGUUCCGAAGACGCGAGCAUUUGAAACGCCACCAACAAACUUUCCAUGGAGAGGGGCCAAACCGCUUUGCUUGCGAGUUCUGUGGAAGAGAUCAGUUCAACCGCAGGGACAACUUGAAUAAUCACCGAAAGCUACAUGCUCGUCCCCGUAGUGGAAACCGAUCAGUUAAAUUCAUUCCUGCGGCUAUUCCUAUUAUUGAACAAGAAGAACGCAAUAGGAAGAGAAGGACAGGACGAAAGUCUAAGGCUAUUAAAGGGUUUUAG